ACCCCUCGCCUGGAGAAAUGGAUUCUAUGAAAGUGGAGGUGCUUCAGAAAAACACUUCUUCUAGAAAUGAGAAUGAAACACUAAAACUUCAAAAUUUGACAGACAGCUUGCACGGUAUAACCCCAGCAAAGAAAGAGGCAAGCCCAACAAAAAAAGAGGUGCCCCCAACAACAGCUAAAAUCACUUCUGUGACUGCAAUAAAACCGUCAACAGCAAAAGGAGAUCCUCUGCUCAAUGUUCUCUCUCAUGUGGUGACUGUUAGUCCUGUAUCUCAAAUGGAUGUUGAUGCUUCUGAAGACACUAACAUUGAGGAAGAGGAUCUUCUAACAGAUUUGAAAGACACGCUAAAUAGUUCACCACCCAUAAUAAAAGAAACUAUGGAGUCCGAUGGCGAUGACUAUGGUCCUUAUGAAAUGACAUCGAAUUCCAGAUAUAGUCCAGACCUUCUAGACAUGCCAGAAGAUGAGGACUCUGACACCAUUAGUAAUUAUAAUGAGGAGGUUAAGUCCCAUGAAGAGAAGACAAAAGAUACUGUUGUCACAGGUUUGGAAGAAGACAGCCAUUUCUUUUUUCAUCUGGUUAUAGUUGCCUUCUUAGUAGCUGUUGUUUAUAUCACCUAUCACAACAAGAGGAAGAUCUUCUUGUUGGUCCAGAGCCGAAGAUGGCGCGAUAGCCUAUGCUCUAGAACGGUGGAAUAUCAUCGUUUAGAUCAAAAUGUUAAUGAAGCAAUGCCUUCGCUGAAGAUAACCAAUGAUUAUGUAUUUUGAAAGCGCUGUGACUUGAGUUUGCUGAACUUACCAGUUUUUGCCUGCCUAGUCAUGCAGUGAUAUUCAGGUGUUCUAAAUAUGCCGCUUGUACUGAAAUGAGGGGUACUUUCUCUGACCUGGAUAUUUUUGAGAUUAAAUCUCAUGCAAGAUCAAGGGCAUGAUACAUCUUUUUCCUACUUUGGUCAGAUUUAAAAUCAGCUAUACAGAUACAGGGUUUAAUGAUUAGUGCCCUUUCCAUUUGUUAAGCAUCUUCCCUUCUGUCUGGAGCAGUCUUAAUAGUGGUAAUGCAAAAAAUAAGCAUAGAAUACUUUAGGUCUAAUAAAUUAAUGUUUGGCAUCGCUGAAUCAAAUUAAUGGUCUCUUUGCUAAUCACUUAUAUGGCUCAUAAAUCCUACCGUAUUACAAUUUGAAAAAUAAUUAUUUUUUUCCGUGCUUAAAUCUUGGUGCUGCAAAACUUUCAUCUUGUUUUUUUUCCUGUUCUUUUUUCCUCCUUGCCUAGCUUGAUCCUAUCUUAGGAAGAAUAACUAGCAUGACAACUUCAUAAUUUCUACAUGUGUUCAUGCAGUAAAUCAUUUAAAAAUAAUUAUGUUUAAAAUACUUUAUUUCAGAAGUUAUACACCAUAUAUUUUUAUGGAAUGUUCAAGAUUUAUGAGAAGGUAUUGCAGCUUCUUGACUAUCCAUUUUUUUCUCUAAUUCUAUUUAUGGCUUUUUCAUUAUCUUUGUAAUUACAAAAUUACAAAAAAGGAAAAUAAGCCUUAUGAUAUAAUUUUAGUAAAAUAUAGAUAGUUGACAGGCUUUCAGUACAUCAAAGCUUUCCCUUGAAUUUUAAGACAGUUGGGACACAGUUAUAUGGUUUGGUAUAUUAUGAAUAGGAGAGGCCUGAGACUGUAAGAACAAUGUAUUUCAUUGUAAUUAUGACCCAGGUAAUGGGCAGAUGAAAGUAAUGGUGUGUGCGGCUGCCAGUCUAUGGAUAGCACAGUCAUUUUUGACAAAUAUUUACGCAUUACUGUAAAGCAAGUUACUGGUACGUUAGUUUUUUUUUUUUUGAACUUUGUCUUUUGUAUUUUCAUUAUUUAUGUUUUCAUGAGUUGUAAAAUUUAAAAUCUCUUUCGUUUUCUGAGCGUUCUGUUUGUGAUUUAGUUUUCAAAACUGAUAAAUAUGUAAAUAAUGGUGACUCAGAACCAUAAUUAAUGACUUGGUAUUCAAGUAAUUAUAUAACACUUUGAAACAAAUCAGAACUUCACAGCUAUUGGCAUGAAGAGUUUGAAGGCAUGAUAUUAACUUAUCAAUGAAGCACUAAAACUUCUAAAUCCUACUGUUAAACACUCUCUUUUCAUAACCACAUGAAAGUAAGGCACAAACAAAAUAUACCAAAAGUGUUUUCUUGAAGUAAUUUUUAUUAUAUUUGGACUUGUAUCACUUAAUAUUUUGAAAAAGAUUUUUAAAAUAAAUGGCAAUAAUAAGCUUGUGGGGUUUUUUUAUCUUAACUAUUUCAGUCUUUUAUACAGUAUGUUACCGUAAAGAGCUUAUUUAUGCUUGGGAUCGAACAAACUGUUCGAAAUCAUCUUUUCCAGCAUUGAUGAAAUUCACCCUGUUCAGAGGAUGUAUGCAGUUUGUGUUUUAUGCCUCUGUUAAGUGGUAUGUAGGGUAGAUAGUGAAGCUUGGUUGAAAUCUUUUAAGCUGUAAAAAUUUAAAAGAUCUUAAAAAGAUAAAUUUUUUACAUAAGUUGUAUAAUUAGCAGUGCAUAGUAAUUUUCUGAAAUUUUAGUACAGCUUUUUCUCGUGGAGGUACUUGAGACUUUCACCUGAACAUCCCCAUGUUAAAGCAUAACAUUGCUUUGGUCAAGAUCCAGAGGGAAAGAUUACCUUGCAGAGCUCCUUGAGAAAUGUUGGAAUUGGAGAGAAGGGGGCUAACAAAUGGGUUCCCACCUAAGAAGUUCAGUAGCUUUCUUUUUAAAUACCAUUCAUAAAAGUUGAGUGUUUUUGGCAUUAGAUAGGAGUAUGGUCACACAAUUUGCAAAAUGUUUGUUGUUCCUAUCAACUUCCACAGAGCACUGAAUGAAAUACUAAAAGUUCCUGAUAGCACAGAAAUACAGUGACAUCCAAGUUGAAAAUUCUACCUUGACUGCCAUUUUCUCUUCACCCCGUCCAGGGAAUUAGGUCAUCAAGUCAGAUGGGCUAUUUUCAGCCUUUUGACUGUAAUAGGUAGAAUGCUGUUUAAAACGAGUAGAGCAAAUUUAUUCCAAUUGAAGUUAAUAGAAAUGAAGCAUAAUUUGUUGAUUUCUGAAGUUCAUAGAUGUGUUACCUUGUUCCCUCUUGAUGUCUUCCUAAGCUCUUGAAACGUAGUGCAACUAGCUGAAUCGAACCAGUCUAAAUAUUUUUUCCAGACUUUCUGAACUAUUAACAAUGCCCUAUUUAAGACUAUGUUAAUGUAUUGGCAGAGAAGCCUUGCUUUUCCCCUAGUUGUCCUCCCUCCCUUAAAUUGCCUGUCCUUGUGCAAAGACCUUCUGUAGGGAGAGGAAUUUAUUAGCCUUCCAGCUCCUGAGCUGUUAUUUCCAACAAAUCCAUUCUUUUAUAACCCCAUAACUUUUGAGGGAGGAAGAAUGCACACUGUUAAGCUAGUAAUAGGAUUGCUUUUUGUAUGAGUUUUCAGAGGAAUCUGUCUAACGGCUAACAUCAACUCAAUUACUAAAAGUACCUCUUCGGAGUUUGUUUUACAGUUGUCACAUUUUUAAAGUGCUCUUAUAUGCUAAUUCUGCUGUGACAAUACUUAUCCCACAGUCUUAGUGUUCAUCAGUUGCACCUAACACUAUUUAGGCCUAAUGGAGUAAAACUCACUUUGACUGUACUGUGAAUGUUAAUAAAUUCUCUUCUGAAAUGUCUA